AAGCUGCCUCUUCCUUGGACAAGCAUAGCUAUCGGCUUGACAGGAACAAUGUACACAGCUCUGGGUGGACUAAGAGGCGUAGUGUGGACCGACUGCUUCCAGGCAAUACUCAUUAUACUGUCUCCAGUGACCGUUAUCUCCAAGGUCGUGUACGACAGCACAUACAAAAACAUGACACUCCGUCCGCUUUGGGACAUCAAGGCAAAUAGAUAUUUCCUCAAUACCACACUGGAUUUCACAAAGGACGAAAAUCUUUGGGCCAGCCUAAUCGGACUCUUCAGCUUUUCUAUGUACCGAUGCUACAUGGACCAGAUUGCUGCGCAGAGAUACCUCGCAGCUAAGACCCUUCAAGAUGCGAAAAAGAUAGUUUGCAUAGGAACUCUCCUAACAAACCUGGGCUAUAUGUUGAUAUGUCUCAUUGGAAUUUCUCUAACCUAUUGGUUUCGUGAUUGCGACCCUCAACUUACAGGAGAAAUUGGUCGACCUGAUCAGAUACUGCCGUUCUACGUUUCCGUAUACCUCAAUGAUUUUCCUGGAUUUCCGGGUAUAUUCCUGGCUGGGGUCGUGGGAGCGACAACAAGGUUAUCUCGCGACACGUUCGUCAUUUCAAUGUAG